AAAUAAAUACAAUGAAAACAACAUGGUGUUAUGAGAUAACUAGAGUCUGUUGUCACUUACCCUAUGCUAAAAAUUAGAACUCAUUAGAUGUAUUAAGUACGUACUAAGCACCAAGUGGAAACUUUUUUCUUAAUCAUGAUAAAUAAUCACUAGUGAUUGAGUGGUGUUUAAAAUGUCAUGUUGGUGAAAUCAUACAACAUCUAAAAUUAUUUUUUGUCCAAAUCCCAUACUUUAAGAAAUGCUGUAUUAGUUGCUCAUACGGAAGGAAAGCUGCUUCAACUGUAUAUGCCUAACCCACUGGGUGGAAAUGACUUUUCCAUAGAAAUAGACAGAAAUACACACCCAUGAGAUAGAUAUCGAAGUCCCCAGAGAGGUCCAUCUAGACUUCUAGGAUGAAAUUACGUAUUUUGCUUCAUCUUACCUUUUCAUUAAUGUUGUGGUCCAUGGUGGUCAGCAAUUCUGCAGGAUUUCGCCAACCUCUUCCACAGUGGGAUUGUGAAAGGUGCUGGCUGUGAGAAAAGCUGAUGAUCAAAGAAAACCCCUGGACUAGAAACUGGGGGAAGUGCUGUGAUUCUGUAUUAUGGACCGGAACCAGCAAGGCAUGCUUACUAGGAAAACAGUUGAUUCACCUCAGAUUUUAGAAUUUUGAGAAAUUCUGGUAUGAAAAUAAAUCAGAUGAUUUAAUGUGCCUUAUAGUAUUAGAGGGAAUACUUCCCCAGACGUGGUGUUCUGAUACUGGCCGAUGUGUUUUAGGGUGUAGUAAUUGUUGAUGGGACUAGAACCUGAAUAUCCCUGGGUUGCUGAGUUGUUUCAGUUUUUUUCUUGCUUUCUUUUACUUAGAGAUUAUGGACGUACUUGCUUCUGUUGUCAUUUGACUCUGCAAUAAAAUAGUGACAUAGGACUCUAAUUCUCGAGGGGCUGAAAGUCUAGUAGGGAGUGAAGAUUGCACAUGAACAGUUACGUUUAUUUUUAAGUGAUAAAUUCUGUGAUUCUGAUUGCAUAUAGGUGUCUAAUUUUGAAGAAAGUUUUAAAAAAAAAAGACCACCAAACACCUAUAAGGAGAACAAAUGUUAUUUGUUCAUUAAGUAAAGUGUUACAAAUGAAGUCCCUCAUGUUCUCCUUCACAGUUUCAGUCCUUUCCCCCAAAGGCAAUUCUUGUGAAUAUGUCACGGUUUUCCUGCUCUGUCGUUCAGUAGUUGUAAGGCUCAGUCUCCUUCAUGGUAAUCGCUGUUUUUCAUUUUAACUUCCUUUAUCAUUGAGUUGUCUGUCGCCUCUGUCCUUUGAUAUUCUCAUUUAUUUUUCCUUUUUAUUUCUUCAUUAGUUUUAGAUUUGGGGAGGCUCUGCUUAGCAUUUAUAGCUAUCACCAACUAUGGAGAACUUGUCUCUCUAAUAGACAAAUCAGCCAAUUACUUUUUCUUUGGUUCUUUUCAGCUAUUUCUUCAUAGCCAGAGAUAGCUUUCGUUACUUCUAAUUUUGUGUAUAAAAAGUUCUGGAUGAUAGAAGGCAUCACAUAUCCAGAGUACGAGUGUUACUGUAUCAGAAUUGCAGCUCUGCAAUUAAGUAUCAAAAUAUGAAAUUUAGCAGGCUGCAACUUUUUAAUGACGGACUUCCCUUUAUGACAUAUACCAUAAAACAAAUUGUAUAUAAUCCACUUUUAGGACUAAAUUUGUGGGUAACUGUUUAUUCAGGCUUUUCUAAGGUGUGUCUUAAAUCUAAGAGGAGGAAUAUGUUGAUUUCCUAAAGCAUAUAUCCUCCUGGCAGAAAUGUGAUGGCAUUGAGCCCUGCCAGUGACCAAGAUUCUGUGCUUUUAUCAUGAGGGAAGGUAGGGUUGUGGCAGGGGUGGAAUAGAGCCCUUGGAAUGUAGCUACUUCAGUAUUUCUUUCUGCACAUUUCCUUCACCAUUCUGUUAGCUCGUAAAGGCCCUGAGUAAGCUUUUCGUCCUGCUACCAAGGCUGUUUCCCAGUCUCAUUCCUUAUAAUUUUUUUAUAUGGAUUUUCAUAGACAAGUAGGCUGAUAGAUUUAAAAAAUUAUUUUAGCAUUAUUAAUCUUUGGUCAUAUUCAGCAAGAAUGAACUUGUUUUGGAAAUUUCUUCUGCAGUGGGCAUUGCAUUUUUAAAAUGUCGGGCUUGUCAUGGCGAUUAUGGUGGGGGUGAUACUGAUACCUAUUUGUAAUGAUAAACCUUUAGGACCAUAUGAAAGAAUUAAGAGGGAUGGCCUUUCAGUACCCUUAUUUUUUUGCAUUUUCUGGGGGAAAGGAAAGCCUCUACUAAUACUCAGUAUGAUUUUAUAAGUUCUGUUAGAAAGAAUGACUUGAUAUUACAUUUGGAAGGGAGAAUGCCUUAAUUAGUUUUUCCCGCUGCCAUCUUUGUCUGAGUAUUUUUUCUUUCCUUAUGUAAUAAACGCAUUCCUGAGAAGUUUGACAUGUAUCGAGUCCUAUUAAAUGUUUUCAAAGCAUGAGUAAUCAUAUAAUGUUAAGACAUGGUAGUGAAUCUUUUCAUAAAAUGAACCCUAUACUUUGUACUAUAUAAAUAUACAAUGAAUUAAACUGAGUGUAUUUAUUAACAAGGUAACAUGGAGUAGUAAGAGUUUUUUCUUUUAAGGUUAUUAUAAAAGGGUUCUUAUAGGUGAGCUUUAGGCUAAAUUCUAAAGGAACAACAAAGGUAGGUGGGAGAUGUUAGUGGAUUUGGUGAGCCUAUUGGAGGAGUGUGUAAAAAUGAUCAAAUUUGCUCUUUACUAUAAUAGUUACGGUGAAGCAGUAGCUUUUAUCUUGGUUCCACGUGAAGACAUAGGGGUUUACUUGUCCAUAUGAAGACAUGUGUUUACUGUACAGGACAGGUCUCUUCCUGCUCUGUUACUAGACUAGAAAUUGGUCUUUAUAUAGUUCCCACAUUAUUAUGUGGAGUCCUAGCUUGUGUUGAAAGAAAUGGUAAUAAGAAGGUGGAACAUUUGAAGAUUUGAGGGCACAGGGAAAUGAGAAACUUUAAGCUUAUACACCUCUCUUUCUAGCUCUGGCUUUCCUUUCACUGAAAGGGUAUGGAAUUUAUUUCAGAGGGAAUGUGCCUGCCCUGUCCCAAGCCAACAGUGACACGUGGCCCCUAACAAGUAUGCCUGUGGGGAGGGCUUUGGUUGUCACAUUGGAGAAUGUGGGAGAGCUUUUCCUCUUCUGGCCCCAUUUAUAAACUAGGAUGCUUCCAUUUGCUUUGUGUGCUGUUGAGUUUUCUCUUCUCUGUUUUCUCUAAGCUAAGCUCUUAGCUGAUUCUGUACAAAAGAAAUACUAAUUAGUUGUUUUUAUAAAUUGCUUGCCAUUAAUGCCUGAUAAAAUGCGGUAAAAUAAGGAUUCUGCAUACCAUUAUAUAUGUCAAAUAUUACAAAGUUUAAGGUUCUUUUGAAAUUACAAUACUAAACUCAGUUCACUUUUGCUUAGCCUUCACAGUUGUUGAUCACAUAGCAUGGUCAUCCACUCACAGCUUAAAAAAAUACAGGGAGCAUCGGAGAGAAUGGGAGAUACUACUCGUCAACGAAUCAAAUUCAGUGAUGACAGAGUAUGCAAGAGUCACCUUCUGAAUUGUUGCCCCCAUGAUGUCCUGUCUGGAACUAGAAUGGAUCUUGGAGAAUGUCUGAAAGUCCAUGACCUGGCUUUAAGAGCAGAUUAUGAAAUUGCAUCCAAAGAACAAGAUUUUUUCUUUGAACUCGAUGCUAUGGAUCAUCUGCAGUCAUUCAUUGCAGAUUGUGAUCGAAGAACAGAAGUGGCUAAGAAAAGAUUAGCAGAAACUCAGGAAGAGAUUAGUGCUGAAGUUGCAGCAAAGGCAGAACGUGUUCAUGAGUUAAAUGAAGAAAUCGGUAAAUUGUUGGCUAAGGUGGAACAGCUAGGAGCUGAAGGAAAUGUGGAGGAAUCCCAGAAAGUAAUGGAUGAAGUAGAGAAAGCACGGGCAAAGAAAAGAGAAGCAGAGGAAGUUUAUCGGAAUUCUAUGCCAGCUUCCAGUUUCCAGCAGCAGAAACUUCGAGUCUGUGAAGUUUGCUCUGCCUAUUUAGGUCUUCAUGAUAAUGACAGACGACUGGCUGAUCAUUUUGGGGGUAAACUGCACCUGGGAUUUAUUGAAAUAAGAGAGAAGCUUGAAGAAUUAAAGAGAGUUGUAGCUGAGAAGCAGGAGAAAAGAAACCAGGAACGCCUGAAAAGAAGAGAAGAAAGGGAGAGAGAAGAAAGGGAGAAGCUGAGGAGGUCUCGAUCACAUAGCAAGAAUCCUAAAAGAUCCAGGUCCAGAGAGCAUCGCAGACAUAGGUCUCGCUCCAUGUCACGGGAACGGAAAAGGAGAACUCGAUCCAAAUCCCGGGAGAAACGCCAUCGCCACAGGUCCCGCUCCAGCAGCCGUAGUCGCAGCCGCAGCCACCAGAGAAGUGGGCACAGUUCUAGAGACAGGAGCAGAGAGCGAUCCAGGAGGAGAUCCUCAAAAGAGAGAUUCAGAGAACAAGACUUAGCAUCACGUGACAGAGACAGGAAUUCAAGAGACAGAUCACCUCGUGACAGAGAUCGAAAAGAUAAGAAGCGGUCCUAUGAGAGCGCUAAUGGCAGAUCAGAAGACAGGAGGAGCUCUGAAGAGCGCGAAGCAGGGGAGAUAUAAUUAGCUGUGUACAUAUCCUCAAUCCUUAAGCUUCCUCUGGAGUUACAUACUAUUGUUUAGUUUACAGCUGUUCAGGGUGACACAGUGAGCAGUUCCAGACACCGAUCCAGCUAGGCUAGGUGUAUAGCAUCUAACUUGAUCUGAACUUGUUUUCUUUGAUGAAGCCUAAAACUACAUCCAUAGUUUCUGGUGAACUUGUAAUACACUUCUGAAAGUACAGUUUUAUAUAAGAUGCUGAUGUCUUUAUCCUUUCUAGUAGGAGUGAUAGUGAAUGAACUGUGUUACUUGCCUUGGGAUUUUUUGAACAUUUGUAAAAUGCUGUCUUCCUUUCUUGUCCAAAAAACAGCAACUUUGGGAAUUUCUUUUUAAUCCUUCUUCCUUUGACUCUGUAUCCCCUGAUACCUCUACCCUCUAAUUGUAAGAGAAAGGGGUGCAGGGAAGCAAUAUAACUUCUGUUCUAAGGUUCUAUUCCCAUUAUUAAUUACUAGCUGAUUACAGUUCAGAACAUUUAUACUGGAAUGUGUGCUGGAGAAAUUUAAAAUACUGGGAGUUUUGUUUGUCUAACGGUGCCUAUUUUAGAGUGGGAAGUUGAACAGCUGUUGCAUUACAUGCUUUGCUUUUUUAUUGAAAUUUUGAAAUCAAACAUGUCUUGAUUUUUCUGUUCUAUUGAAUAGCUACGUUCAGGAUGUUUUGAGAUGGGGGGUGGGGGCAGGGACUCUUUCAUAAGCACUUGUUUUAUUUUGUGUGUGUGAAGUAUAAAGAUUACACCCUUAUUGUAAAAAAUAAAAUGAAAAUCACCACCACCAUCAUUAAACUGUAACUUGUCUAGUAAAUUGUCACUAGAACUACUUGCUGUGGCCAUUUCUAUUCUGUUACUAAUAGUGCCUUACUGUGCAAGGCACCAAAGGAAAUAAACAUAUACUUACAGAUUCAAGAUGAAUUGUUGCUCCACCUGGGCCCUUGCUGGCUAUAUUCCAGCUACUUCAGGACUGUCUGUAACAACCGCUAUAGAGAAGGACCAGACCUGCAGAAGAAAUUGAGUUUGUUUGUUUGUUUGUUUUGUUUUUCUUCACAUUGAGCAAAUUGAAAUAAAAACAUGGUGUAACCAGUGUAA